AUGUUCAGGCUUAUUGCCACCAAUACCCAAGCGGGUUUAAGACCCGUCUUACUUCGAAAAGUGAGAGGCAACUCCUCGAGCUUGAAAUUGGCUUCUAAUGUGAACCUCGAACCAAGCUUCGACUUCCAGAACUACUUUGCUAUUCAGAUUUCCAGAAAUAAUAGCACGAAAGGAAUUUCCGUUUCCGAUAAGUCAGAAAAGCUCGGCAACUCGGUGAAGAUCGAGUCCGUUUUGAGCAAGCCAGAAACGAAAGCUCCCAUCAAUCCUGAAAUUCUUUCGAAAGUCAAGAAGUUCAGCACGAUUCUUGCUCAAGCUACGGAGAAAGGCGAGGCUGGUAAAUACGGCCGGUAUUCUAAUGCUCUCAGUGAGUUGCAAAAGCUCUUUGCAGAUGAUGAAGUGAAAGAGCAUCUUAACAAGAGCGUCAUUUUCUCGUACGCUGCUUUCCUCGAUGAGUUCAUUCUAUUUAAUAGAAACAACCGUCUUUCAUACAAACAAAACCGUGACAGUGACCAUUACAAGAAUCAGUCGUUGAAUAAUGAUAUCAUUUUGAAGUCUGCUAUUUUGGACAUGGCUGAUGGUAUACUCAGGAACAAGAUUCACUCGAAGAUAAAGCCUCGUACACUUACUCAUCUUUUCCUGGCAAUGAUCCAAUCAGAAAGCUUCGCGGAGUUGGUGGAACUUUGGGAAGCUGGUGUGAACAGUAACGAAGGAAGCAGCACUUAUUUAACACAAGAUGUCUUGACAGCGGUGUUACCUGUUGCAUACAAGAUAAAGAGGUUCUCCUAUGAAGAGAUCUGUAAGAUUUAUGACUACAACACGAAGGGCAAGAAGGUUGAUCUUUCGCUUGAAACGUCAAUGGGAAAAAUUGCCAUUCGAGCAGGUGACAACUCUCGUGGCUUGGACAUCAUGGAGGAGCUAAUGAAGCAAUACGAGAAGAAACCAAAAAAUGCUUCGCUUAUUCUUCAUCACCUAGGCGAUUUGCACUUGAACUUUAUUGGUCACUGUCAGGAUAUCAAGAUUGCAAGACACUUUUAUGACAAAGUUGUGGAUUCCGAAUUGCCAUAUAGGGUUGUCCUCAAAGCACCUUAUGUUGUGAGCUUGUUCAACAAUUGCUAUGAAGCAAAGGAGCCAUUUACAAACAUCGCCACUCUUUGGAAGCAGGCCAUCGAUUUUUACAACCGAGGAAACGAAAGGUUUUCCUAUCACUCCAGGUACUCCAUUUUGAACAAUUCCUUUUUCAAGAUCUUCUUUUCGGUCUACCCCAAAUAUACAGAAGAGGGAUAUGAUUUACUCAAGGGCCUCAUAAAAUCUUACGAUCAAAUCAAAGAUGUCGAUGAAAUCCUCCUCAACUCAAUUAUCACAAAUUACAACUGGGAGAAGAAGCUUGUUCUCCAAGAACUUCUUGAAAAUUUUGACAAGUAUCCAAUAGAACGCACUCCGGUUUCCUAUAGAGUUUGCUUGAAGAAGAUGGGUGAAGUUGAAGAUUACAGCAACGAGGAGAUAUUGGCUCAAUGGGACAAGAACGUCCAAUUUUUGGACAUGGAGGGGUACACUUAUAUCCCGAUCGCUGACUGGGCUGCGUUGCGUGACUGUACAAUAAUGAGUCCAUUUUCAGAGAAACGUACGUCAAUCUAUUUGGAAAUUUUGAAUGCAUACAAAAACUUCCACCAGGACGCCAGAGCAUGUCUUCGGUUCUCAAGAUGGUGGUUGCCUCGCACACAUGUUGCUGGAAAGGUUGCUGCCUUGUCUUUCAGCGAUGACAUCCAGACGGAUUGUGACAUUGACAUUCGGGUGCCCGAGUUUCACUCCUUAAAGAAGAACGUUGACUACAAAAAAGUAACAAAACCUAUUUUCGAAAAUCUGGGCUUCAAGAGUUCUCAGGUUUGA